GGGAGGGGCUGGUCCUCGCGCUGGGCUUCGGUCUGCAGCUCCGUCCAGCUUCCUGCCCGCUGCUGCUGCUACUACAAACGAAGGAUCAUGUGCCUCUCUCUCCGGCUGUGUGAGGGCAGAGCACCAGGAAGUCAUUCUCUGUUUCCUCUCCUCCUCUUCCACCUGACAGCCCGUCUCACCUCCAUCUUUCCUUCGCGGAUGUUAGCGCUCUGAGAGCCGAGAGAGAAGAGAGAGCCUCCCAUCUCCUUCCUCCUCCUCCUCCUCCUGCCGCCGGAGAGAGCAGCUCAUGGAGGCCCCGGUGGAGGAGAAUGAGCCGUCCGUCGAACAGUCCCUGCCUCUGCCCACCCUGCGCCCGGCUGUGCCCCCUUACGUCACCCUGGGCCUGACUGUCGCCUACACCGUCUUCUACUCCGUCCUCUUCAUCUUCGUGUACGCGCAGCUGUGGCUCGUCCUCCGGUACCGACACAAGCGGCUCAGUUAUCAGACGGUGUUCCUGUCGCUGUGCCUGCUGUGGUCGGCCCUCCGCACCCUCCUCUUCUCCUUCUACUUCAGGAACUUCGUGACAGCCAACACUCUGGCUCCCUUCCCCUUCUGGCUGCUCUACUGCCUCCCUGUGUGCCUGCAGUUCUUCACCCUGAGCCUCAUGAACCUUUACUUUGCACAGGUUGUUUUCAAGGCCAAGUCCAAAUAUGCACCUGAGCUCCUGAGAUACAGGCUGCCUCUGUACCUGGUCUUCCUCUUCCUCAGUCUGCUCUUCCUGGUGGUGAACUUGGUGUGCGCUCUGCUGGUGAAGACGUCGUCUGCAGACGUUCACGCCAUAGUGCUGGUCAGGGUGACCAUCAACGACACGCUCUUCGUCCUGUGCGCCGUCUCGCUCUCAGUGUGUCUCUACAAGAUCGCCAAGAUGUCCCUCGCCAACAUUUACCUGGAAUCCAAGGGGACGUCAGUGUGUCAGGUGACCGCCAUUGGAGCCACCGUCAUCCUCCUGUAUGCGUCGCGAGCGUGUUACAACCUGCUCGUCCUCGCGCUCGCCAACAAGAGCAUCAACUCGUUUGACUACGACUGGUACAACGUGUCCGACCAGGCCGACCUGCAGUCGACUCUCGGGGAUGCCGGCUACAUCGUGUUUGGCGUGGUCCUGUUUGUGUGGGAGCUUCUCCCCACGUCACUCGUCGUUUUCUUCUUCAGAGUUCGACAGCCGAACCAGGACCGGAGCGGCGCUGGUCUGCCUGGUCACGUCUUCUCUUCGAGGUCGUACUUCUUCGACAACCCGCGGCGCUACGACAGCGACGACGACUUGGCGUGGAGCGUCAUGCCUCAGAACAUCCAGGCCAG